AUGGCCGCGUCGCCGUCAUUUCUCAGAGGCCACGUGCCAGCUUCGGCCCCCGACCCCGCCCGGAGCGCGGCGGACCUUCGCAGCUCUAUUCCACUCCUUUAUGUAAAGUUUAAUAAAGGAGCGGGCGUUGAUAUUAAAAUUCCUCUCUAUGAAAUUUUUCAGAUUACAGACGGCGGCGUCGGAAUUCCUAGCGAGCGCUUCGCCGCGUGCCGCCUUCGAAUGCGAAUCUCAUUUGUUCGGAAUGGAUAUGACGAUCGGUUGGCUGGUUCG